GACGACGCCCGCGCGACGAUGGCCAGCUCAGAGUUGCCCCCUACUUCAUCGAAGACCCUCAUGUUACGCAGAGCGACUGAAGGCUCUGUACCGGCCUACCAUGACGCUGUACUUGAAGACAAGGCGAUACCUCCGCUACAGGAAGGACAGGUACUCAUCAAAAUCAACGCUGCAAGUUUCAACGCCAGAGAUCUAUGGUUGCGUCUUGGUAUGUAUGGGCCUGGCACUGAGUUUGACAGUCCUUUGGGAGCGGAUGGAGCAGGUGUUGUGGUCGCCACCGGAGACGCGGAUGACCAGUUGGCAAACAAACGAGUAUUUCUGCUCCCCAUGCGCGGCUGGGAUAAGCACCCUGACGCCCCUGAAUCGCCGAACUUUGCUGUGAUAGGCGGCACCAAAGUGCACGUUGGCACAUUCACGCAGUAUGUAGUCGUCGACAGAAGCGAAGUUAUCCCUACACCUGAACACCUCGACGAUGUUCACGCUGCAGCGUGGCCAAUCAGCGGGUUGACAGCGUGGAGAUCCGCUGUUGUGUACGGCAAAGUCAAUCAGGGCGAUAAUGUGCUCAUAACGGGGAUCGGAGGUGGCGUAGCAGUGCUUGCCCUGCAGAUCUGUCUUGCGCGUGGGGCGACCGUCUACGUCACGAGCGGCUCGGAUGAGAACAUUCGGCGGGCCAUAGGGCUUGGGGCCAAGGCCGGAGUGAACUAUAAACAUGAGGAUUGGAUCAACCAGCUUACCAAGAAGCUCGAAGAAAGUGGCGCCGAAGAAGGGAAGGCAGAGAAAGUGCUUUUGAGUGCCGUUAUUGACUGCGUCGGGGGAGACAUCAUGGUGAAGACGGGCCCUAUCCUCAAGAGCGGUGGCCGAGUAGUGUUGUACGGAAUGACCACACCGCCAUAUCAGACGAUCUAUGCCGCAUCUCAUUAUACGAAGUGUCAACAAAUAUGCGGUGUCAUGAUGGGAUCGCGGCAAGACCUCAUCGACGCGACCAACUUCAUUGCGGAGCACCGUGUCGUACCCCACGUAUCGGUGGUGCUAGACGGCCUUGAGGAAGCAGAAGAGGGCUUCGAGCUAAUGAGGAAGAGGCAGAAGUUUGGCAAGAUGGUUAUGAGGAUCCGUCACGGCGACAAUUCAGCAUAGAGGUCGGUUCAGUCAUACUUGCUAUCGGGCGGUCUUGGAUGCUAGACCACGGCCAUUGGUCUCGCGCAUACGUAGACGCUUUGAAAUACACCGAAAGUUGCGUAGUGGUUAGCAGGCAGUGACCAUCCUUCAUCAGAAAGUCGCUCACAACUCGACCAUGUUGAGCGACACCGCGGUGACUGACUGCCACAUGGUGUCGGCUCCUGCGGGUCUUGAAUUGUGAACGACGGUAAUAAGAACGGCUUCAACUUCACUCGACCCAAAAAGCCUGCUCAGAGGGUGAUUCGAUGCUGUGAAGAGC